AUGAAGCUGCGCCGCCCCCGCCCGGCGUCUGUGGCGCUAGGAGCAUCUGUUGGCGCACAGCCGCAUGCACUGACGUCGCCGACGAACCAGACGAGCUUGCUUGUGCCGAGCGAAUCGCGGGUAGGUGCGCCCAUCCCACGCACUCCGCCCGCGUCGCCGUUCGAGCUCGAUGCCCAGGUCGCUGCGUUCCGGCACGAAGUGCACUUCAGCAGUGCGACGCCCGUGUCCCAGUGGAUCCGCUUGGCGGACCGGCUCAAGCGGCAGGCGGACCAGCACCACAACGCCGGAGAUCUCGAGCGCCAGUAUCUAUGGUACGUGCGACGCAGCUUAUUUAGUCUCGCCAAGUGCGCCAAGAUCCUAGACGAGCUCUUGCCCAACGAGCACAGCGGGUGGUCGAAGCUUGAUGAUGAGCGUCGCGCACAUGUCGCGCAGCUGACGCGCGAUGCCAUCCUGGAGGCGCGUCAAGAGCUCAAGGGGCCAUUGAUGCCUGCCGCUUCGCGCUCGCCCAGUGGCCGCUCACCUGGCCGCUCGUCACUACGGCAGAGCACAUCUGAUGCGCACGAUACGCCGUCCAAGCGUGUCUCGUUUGCUGUAUCCACUGACAAGGGAUCGCCGCCCGCGUUCCCUCUAUCCUCGUCCUCGACGUUUCGUCCCAAGCUGCCCUGGCACCGCGAGUCGUCACGCUAUGGUGCCGCGCCGGCCGCGGCGCAUGAGAAGCCCGCGAGUCGGCGCAUGCCCUGGGCGCCUCGCUUGCACAGCAAGGGGAGCAUGUCGUUCCUGGGCCCCGUCGUGGAUGAGCCGCCGCCUCCGCCGCCGCCUGCGCCGGACCCUCCGCGUCCUACAUGGCGCCGCAGACGCUCGGAGCGCCGCUUCCUCACUGCAGAGCCCGUUGUAUCGCUAUCCGUGGCGGCCCCUGAGAUGCGGGGCGACUCGCCGGCAUCGCCCACCUCCCCCCCCGUGACGGAACCGGCAGAUACCCUGGCGCCGCCCUCCGGUGUGUCCGAGCCGCUGCGUGUCCACCCCCUGUCACUUCGGCCGGCCAUGCCUACCAGGGCGACGCCCCAGCGCUCGACGCUUGACGGGGGAUCGCUACGGCCUGUGCACCUGCCGCACUCGCUGCCCACCACGUUCCUCGAGUGCGCACAGGCGCAGCUCGCCGCGGACAUUGAGACGUGCGGCCUGCUUUUGGGCCGCGCCGACUCGGCACUGCAUGUGACGCAUCUGCUGCUCCCCCCGCAGAACGGCACACCCGUUAGCUGCCAUGCGGAAGGCGAGGAGCAGGUGUUCGCCUACCAGAUGGAGCACGACUUGAUCACGCUGGGGUGGAUCCACACGCAUCCGACACAGACGUGCUUCCUCUCGUCCCUCGAUCUGCAUACCCACGCGAGCUACCAGGCCUUGCUCCCCGAGUCGGUCGCGGUGGUCUGUGCGCCCCUGCACGAGCCGUCGGUCGGCGUGUAUCGCCUCACGCAGCCUAGUGGACUGCAAUAUGUGCUCCGAUGUACGGACGAGGAGCCAUUCCAUCCGCACGAGAAGGAAGCGUCGCUGUACAUGGAGCCGCACGUGCACUGGGACCGUGCGGCGCCGCUGACGGUGGUGGAUCAGCGCGCGACAUAG